AUGGGGAGCAAGUGUGACAUCUUGCAUGUCCUUACAGAUUUGUUCUUCCUCAAGGAGCUCUACCAUUUUGUUCUCUCUUCUAUUGGGACACUGGGAUUCAGUAUAACCCUAAUGCUUGCAUUUCAGGUGAAUGGAGAUGAUUUUCUGUCGCUCGUGAAGCAAAUGUCUGGAAAAGAAAGACUGGAGAAUGCAAAUCCCAUAAUUUAUCAAAAGAAAAAAACAAGAGUCAUCAGUCCAGAGGAUGAAAAUGAGUCUGUGGAGGAUCCCUUUGAUGCCCUGGAAAUAUUUGAUCUGAUUCGAGGCAUCAAUGAUCCAGAGCACCCCUUGACAUUAGAAGAGCUGAAUGUUGUUGAUGAGGACAACAUCCAUGUAGACAAUGUGAAAAAUGAGGUGGUUGUGUCAUUCACUCCAACAAUCCCACACUGCAGCAUGGCCACACUCAUUGGGUUGUCCAUCCGGGUCAAGCUUCUCCGUGCCCUCCCAACUCGUUUCAAAGUCAGGGUUCAUAUCACACCUGGGACACAUACAUCAGAAGCAGCCAUCAAUAAACAGCUGGCUGACAAGGAACGUGUUGCUGCUGCACUUGAGAACAUGAAUCUCCUCCAAGUUGUGAAUCAGUGCAUAUUGUGA